AUGCCUGCCGCCACACUUCGUGCCCUUGUAGAGAACUACAUCGCUUCCCAUUUUUCAGAUGUUGUGGGUGCUACACAAACGGCGGACUGGACCGACUUGCCGAUGGAGCUGUUGGUGGGGGUAGUGCAUGGUGGAGGGCGCGUCACUGGCAAAGCAGCCCUGGCGCUUGACGUAGCGGAGGUACUGCCCACGGAAAGGCGCGGCCCGUACUGGCAGAGCCUGUGCGCUGAGCGGUGGCCUGGUGGAGCGAACUACCCACCAGAGUGCAAUUACGAGAGCAACGCCAGGGACUACCACAAGCGACUCUACCUCACUUAUCGCACCAUCGAUCUUCUCCAUACGAUCGAGCAGUUUGGGAUCCAGCACGUUGAAGCGGAGCUGACUGCGAUGGAACCCUACGUCAGUUACAUCAAGUGCACCUCCGCCACGGCAGUGGCACAGGCACCGUUGAAGCGACUAGGUCGUGUGGAGACCUUGGAACUGAACAGGUGCAAUCUGGGCCGCUGUUCGACCAUGCCUGGCCCCCUUGAAAACCUCACUGAUGCUCUCGCCACCGGGCUUCCCCGACUGAAAAGCCUCAAUCUCUCUCGGAACGCGCUGGCAGACGCCGAUGUGCUCUAUCUGUGCGGAAUCAUUCUUGCCCGGCGGCCAAGCAUCGAGCACCUUGAUCUGACGUGGAAUCGAGUGACCGACACCAGUCUAAAGGAGGGCAUUGGCCGACUGAUUGCCGAGACGGACAUCACGCACAUGGAGCUCGGCUUCAACGACACGUCUGCCGGUGGACGCGCAGCGUGCAUGGACAUUGCGAAGCGGCGAAACAAAGAGGCCUCAACAUCCCCAUCGCGGCCCAAGGUCCGGGUGGCAUUCACCUGA